AUGGAGAAGCUCCGUGGGCAUGUGUCUGCCCGCCCAGAUAUCCUCUCCUUGGAGAAUCGGUGCCUGGCCACACUUCCCGAUGUAAAAAUCAUGGAGAAACCACAUGGACGUGUGUCUGCCAAUUCAGACAUUCUUUCCUUGGAGAACCGAUGCCUGGCCACCCUCCCUAGUCUAAAGAGCGCCAUGUCUGCUAGCACCUUGCUCCAGCAUCUCCAGAUACCUCACCUGGCACAAGCUGAUCUGUGCAGCCUGAACACCAACAGUAACCUGUUCUCUGAGCCUCCAACCUGGAGGAAUCAGUGCCUCUCUGAGGGACAAGACCUUCUAACCUGCCCCAGGGCCGUACAGUCUAUCUCUGCCACAAAGAGAGCUCAGGAAGCAGCUUUGGCUCGCUGGUCCUCUUCAGAAGAAGAAAAAAAGCUAGAAAAGACUGAAGGAGAAGAGGCCCAGAUGCCUUUUUAUAAUCUAAACUUUGGGGAGGAGGAGGAGGUGGAGGAGCUGACCCUGAAGCUCACCAUUGGGGACUCCAGAUCUAAUCCUGAGACUACUGAUCAGGCCCUUCAAGAGAAGAAGAUGGCUCUAAUAAGUUUGCUGUGUACUAGUCUGGUGUCAAAUGUAACCAUAAAAGAAGCAAAUAACUCCUUUCAGACUUCCCUCCUUGAAAUCUGUUGUGAACUUGCCCCCUUGGAACCUGAGUUUAUCCUCAAGGCAUCUUUGUACACCAGGCAGCAGUUGAACAUUCGGGAUGCGGCCAACAGAGUCUUGGCCAUUGCUGCCUUCUUGCCAGCCUGUCGCCCCUACCUACGAAGGUAUUUCUGUGCCAUUAUCCAACUGCCUUCUGAUUGGAUCCAGGUGGCUGAGCUCUACCAGAGCCUGGCCGAAGAGCAGAAGGGCAAGCUGGUGCCCCUGCCUGCCUGCCUGCGUGCUGCGAUGACAGAUAAAUUUGCCCAGUUUGAUGAAUACCAACUGGCCAAGUACAACCCUCGGAAGCACCGGGCCAAGAAACGGCCCCGCCGACCUCCACGCCAUCCAUUUGAGGCAGCCUACAAUGCAGUGUCAGAGAAAAAGGACCAGCCAAGGUUCACCUUGAAGAAGCUAGUACAGCGAUUGCAUAUCCGGGAACCUGCUCAGCAUGUCCAAGCUCUGCUGGGCUACCGAUAUCCCUCCAACAUACAACGUUUUUCUCAAAGUCGACUCCCUGGGCCAUGGGAUUCCAGCAGAGCUGGGAAGCGAAUGAAACUCUCUCAGCCCAUGACCUGGGAUCGAGAGUUGAGCCUAAGGGGGAACAAAGCUUCAGUUUGGGAGGAGCUCAUCGACAAUGGGAAGCUUCCCUUCAUGGCCAUGCUGCGGAAUCUACGCAACCUGCUUCGAGUUGGAAUCAGUGCCCAACACCACGAGAUCAUUCUUCAGCGACUCCAGCAUGCGAAAUCUGUGAUCCACAGUCGACAGUUUCCAUUCAGAUUUCUUAACGCCUACGAUUCCAUCAAUAGUAUUGAAGCGCAAAUCAGAAAUCAAGCAUUACCAUUUCCCUCCAACAUACAACUGAUGAAGCGGAUAAUUAUUAGAAACUCAAGAAGUGCCAGUAAGAGUGCCAUUCAGAGGCGGCUUGGCAACCUAAGUCGUCGGGACCUUCGCAGAGCCAUGGUGAUACCUGUGAUGUAUGAGCAGCUCAAGCGGGAGAAGAUAAAAGUACAGAAAGCCAGACAGUGGAAAUGUGAUGAGGAGAUACUGGAUCGGUACCGGCAGGCCCUGGAGACAGCUGUGAAGCUGUCUGUGCAGCACAACUUGCCUCCGUUGCCAGGCCGCACCCUUCUGAUCUGCCUGACAGAUGUAGACCAAUGCUGUCCAAAGGGCAACUCACAAGAGCACCCCUUGAACUAUGUGCUGCUGUUGCUUGCAAUGAUGAUUGCUCGGGCUGAGCAGGCGGAUCUCUUGUUAUGUGGAAAAGGCAAUCUGAAGACGGUUGUACUUAAAGCAGAGGAAGGCAUCUUGAAGUUGGCUACAGAGCUCCAGGCUCAAGUUCAGGAGUUGAAUGAAAAGGAGGAACAUGGAUGGUCUAUGAGAACUGUUGGGAAGUACCUGAUGUCUCUGGCUGUCCAAAGAGUCCCUGUGGACAGGGUCAUACUCUUUGGCCAAGCUAUGAAGCAGAAAAUGAUGAAUGCAGCUAAAGAGAUUUUCUGGCAACAUGUGAAUCCCAAGUGCCUCUUUGUUGGUGUUCUCCUUCAAAGGAUACCUUACACAUUACCAAAUGUGAACCCCAGUGAUGUGACACUCUCAGGCUGUACUGAUGGGUUACUGAAAUUCAUUGCAGAGCGUGGGGCGUCCCGUCUUCUCGAACAUGUGGGCCAAAUGGACAAAAUAUUCAAGAUCCCACCACCCGCAGGAAAGACAGGGCUCUUGUCUCUCAGGCCACUGGAAGAGAAUACCCCGAGCCCCUUGGCUCCAAUUUCACAGCACCGAUGGCGCAGCAUUCGCCUUUUCAUUUCCUCCACUUUCCGGGACAUGCAUGGGGAGCGGGACUUGCUGCUAAGAGUAGUGCUGCCAGCCUUGCAGGCCCGAGCAGCUCCCCACCAUAUCAGUCUUCACGCCAUCGACCUGCGCUGGGGUGUCACUGAGGAGGAGACCCGGACGAACAGACAACUGGAAGUGUGCCUCGGAGAGGUGGAGAACUCACAGCUGUUCUUGGGGAUUCUGGGCUCCCGCUAUGGCUACAUUCCUCCCAACUACAGCCUCCCUGACCAUCCUCACUUCCACUGGGCCAGCCAGUACCCAACUGGCCGCUCCGUGACGGAGAUGGAGGUGAUGCAAUUCCUGAACCGAGGCCCCCGCCUCCAGACCCCUGCCCCAGCUCUCAUCUACUUCCGUGAUUCCAGCUUCCUCAGUUCUGUGCCAGAUACCUGGAAAUCUGACUUUAUUCCUGAGUCCAAAGAGGCUGCACAUCGGCUCACAGAACUGAAGAGCUACCUGAGCAAACAGAAAGAGCUUACCUGCCGCAGGUACCCCUGCAAGUGGGGGGCUGUGGCAGCCGGCCGGCCCUAUGUAGGGGGACUGGAGGAGUUUGGGAAGUUAGUUCUGCAGGAUGUGUGGAAUCUGAUCCAGAAGCUUUAUCUACAGCCCGGGUCCCAGCUGGAACCGUCAGUUUCCACUCCAGAUGAUGACUCGGUCCAGGCCAUCUUCCAGCAGCUGCAGAGCCCCCCUAGUCCUGCCCGACCACGCCUUCUUCAGGACACAGUGAAGCAGUUGAUGCAGCGCUGGGGGAGGCUCAGUCUGGUGAUCGGGCAGUCUGGACAGGGCAAGACCGCCUUCCUGGCAUCCCUUGUGUCAACCUUGCAGGCUCCUGAUAGGACCAGAGUGGCCCCCUUAGUCUUCUUCCACUUCUCAGGUGCUCGCCCUGACCAGCGUCUUGCUCUCACACUACUCCGACGCCUCUGUACCUAUCUGCAUAGCCAUCUGCAAGAGCAGAGUGCCCUCCCCAACACCUACCGAGGCCUGGUAUGGGAAUUGCAGCAGAGAUUGCUGCCCAAGUCUGCUCAGUCCCUGCACCCUGGUCAGAAUCUGGUGCUGAUCAUCGAUGGAGCUGACAGGCUCAUGGACCAGAAAGGACAGCUGAUCUCAGACUGGAUCCCAAAGUCCCUACCCCGGAGGGUACACUUGGUGCUGAGUGUGUCUAGUGACACAGGCCUAGGGGAGACCCUGGAGCAGAGCCAAGAUGCCCAUGUGGUAGCCCUGGGGCCCCUGGAGCUGUCUGCCCGGACUCAGAUGGUGAGAGAAGAGCUGGCUCUGUACGGAAAACGUCUGGAGGAGUCGCAUUUUAACAAUCAGAUGCAGCUGCUGCUGGUGAAGCGGGGGUCAGCCCUGCCGCUCUACCUGCGCUUGGUCACAGAUCACCUGAGGCUCUUCACACUUUAUGAGCAGGUGUCUGAGAGACUCCGGAUGCUGCCUGCCACUGUCCCCCUGCUGCUGCAGCACAUUCUGAACAUGCUGGAGCAAGAGCACGGCCCUGAUGUCCUUCCUCAAGCCUUGGCCACCCUUGAGGUCACACGUAGUGGUCUGACCAUGGACCAGCUGCAUGGAGUGCUGAGUGCAUGGCGGGUACUGCCCAGGGAGAGCCAGACCUGGGAAGAAGCAGUGGCUGCUAGUAACAGUGGGGACCUUUAUCCCAUGGGCGCAUUUGUCUACCUUGUCCAGAGUCUGCGAAGUUUGCUAGGGGAGGGCCCUCUGGAGCGCCUUGGUGCCCGACUCUGCCUCCCUGACGGGCCCCUGAGAACAGCAGCUAGACGUCGAUAUGGGAGGAGGCCAGGCCUGGAGAGCACAGCACACACCCUCAUUGCAGCUCAACUCUGGAAGACGUGUGACCCUGAUGCCUCAGGUACCUUCCGAAGUUGCCCACCUGAGGCUCUGGGAGACCUGCCUCACCAUCUGCUCCGGAGCAGGAAUCGUGGCCUUCUUGCGAAGUUCCUCACCAACCUCCACGUGGUGGCGGCACACCUGGAGCUGGGUCUGGUCUCUAUGCUUCUGGAGGCCCACGCGCUCUAUGUUUCUUCAGUCCCGGAAGAGGAACAGAAGCUCCCUGAUGCUGACGUUGCUGUAUUUCGUGCCUUCCUAAGGCAGCAGGCACCAGUCCUCAGUCAAUACCCACUACUUCUGUACCAGCAGACAGCCAACCAGCCUCCGGACUCACCUCUUUGUCACCAAGCCCACAAUCUCUCCCAGCAAUGGAAACUCACACACAUACUGCGAUGGCUUAAUAAACCCCAGACCAUGGGGAGCCAGCAAAGCUCCGGCCUGUCUCUGUCAGUGUCCUCCCCCACAGCAGUGGCCUUCUCCCCCAGUGGACAGAGGGCAGCCGUGGGUACUGCUAACGGGACACUUUACCUGUUGGACCUGAACUCCUGGCAGGAGGAGAAGUCUGUGGUGAGUGGCUGUGAUGGCAUCUCUUCUUGUUUGUUUCUCUCUGACACGUCCAUCUUUCUUACUGCCUUCGAUGGGCUCCUGGAGCUGUGGGACCUGCAGCAUGGGUGUCGGGUGCUCCAGACCAAGGCUCACCAAUACCAAAUCACUGGCUGCUGCCUAAGUCCAGACCGCAGGCUGCUAGCAACCGUGUGCCUGGGAGGAUGCCUAAAGCUGUGGGACACAGUCUGUGGGCAGCUGGCCUCCCAGCACACCUUUCCUAAGCCCCUCAACUGCAUUGCUUUCCACCCAGAAGGGCAGGUAAUAGCCACAGGCAGUUGGGCUGGCAGCUUCAGCUUCCUCCGGGUCAACAGGCUCAAAGUCACCAAGGAACUGGGGGCCCCAGGAACCUCUGUCCGUACCUUGGCCUUCAAUGUGUCUGGGCGGGUAGUGGCUGUAGGCCGGCUGGACAGGAUGGUGGAGCUGUGGGCCUGGCAAGAGGGGGCACAACUGGCUACCUUCCCUGCCCACCAUGGCUUUGUUUCUGGUGCCCUUUUCCUGCGUGCUGGGAGCCAGUUAUUGACGGCUGGCGAGGAUGGCAAGGUCCAGGUGUGGUCAGGUUCUCUGGGUCGGCCCUGCGGGUGCCUGGGCUCCCCUUCUCUGUCUCCUGCUCUCUGUGUGGCUCUCAGGCCAGAUGGUGAUUGGGUGGCUGUUGGGUACCGAGCAGACGGCAUUAGGAUCUACAGAAUCUCUUCAGAUCCCCAGGAGGUUCAGUGUCAAGCACUGAAUGUGGCAGUGUCGGCACUGGCCUGGCUCAGCCCUGAGGUUCUGGUGAGUGGUGCAGAAGACGGGUCUCUGCAGGGCUGGGCUUUCAAGAAAAGCUCCUUCAGGUCCCUCUGGCUGCUAUCCAGAUACCAGAAGCCUGUGCUAGGACUGGCUACCUCCCAAGAACUCUUGGCUUCUGUCUCAGAGGAUUUCACAGUGCGACUGUGGCCCAGGGAGUUACUGACCCUGCCACAAAAAGCAGAAGAAUUUCCUAAUGCUACUGAGCUUCGAGGACAUGACGGUCCUGUAAACUGCUGUAGCUUCAGCACUGAUGGAGGCAGCCUGGCCACUGGGGGCAGGGAUCGGAGUCUCCUAUGCUGGGACGUGAGGACACCCAGUGCCCCCGUUCUGACUCGCUCUUUCUCUGCCUGUCACCGUGACUGGGUCACUGGCUGUGCCUGGACCAAAGACAACCUACUGGUGUCCUGCUCCAGUGAUGGCUCUGUGGGACUGUGGGACCCUAAGUCAGGACAGCAGCUUGGUCAGUUCCUGGGUCAUCAGAGUGCUGUGAGCGCUGUGGCAGCUGGGGAGGAGCAUGUGGUGUCUGUGGGUCGGGAUGGGACCUUGAAAGUGUGGGACCAUCAGGGCGUGGAGCUGACAAGCAUUCCAGCUCACUCAGGACCCAUCAGCCACUGCGCAGCUGCCCAGGAGCCACGUACAGCUGGCCAGCCUGGCUCAGAACUUCUGGUGGUGACUGUUGGACUGGAUGGGACCACAAGGUUGUGGCAUCCACUCUUGGUGUUUCAAACACACACCCUCCUGGGACACAGUGGACCAGUCAGUGCAGUUGCUGUCUCAGACACUUCAAGCCUCCUGCUGACUGCCUCAGAGGAUGGCUCUGUCCGGCUCUGGCAGGUACCCGAGGAAGCAGAUGACGCAUACAUACCUAAGAAUCCUGUAGCUAUCACUGCUGUGGCCUGGGCCCCAGAUGGUUCCAUGGCAGUGUCUGGGAAUCAGACUGGGGAACUAAUCCUUUGGCAAGAAGCAAAGGCUGUGGCCACAGCACAGUCUCCAGGCCGCGUCAGUGCCCUGAUCUGGUGCUCAGCAAACACCUUCUUCGUUCUGAAUGCUGAUGAGCAACUCAGCGAGUGGCAGGUGGAACAGCAGAGAGGUUCAACAUCUAGAAAUUUCAGCCUUUAUCUGAACCACGUUCUGCAGGAGGACACGGGAGUCUUGACAGGUCUGGGCUUGGCCCAUGAUGGGCACUCCCUCAUCCUGGCCAAGGCAGGUUUGAGAUUGCUGCACCUGAUGCCAGGGAAUGAGCUCUCCGAAAUUUGGAACCGCUAUUCAGAAAAUGGCCUUACACUGUUGUCCACCCACAAGGAUUAUGGUAUAUUUGCUGUGCAGUCAGUGGAUCCUGAAGUUCUUUCUUUCUUAAGGCAACAGGAAUUAGGAGUGUUUGAAGAGAGCCUGGACUUUAAUCUGAAUCUAGAAAAUCCUAGUGGAACCCUAAUAAGGUUAACUCAGGCCAAACCUGAAUCUGAGUCCUCAUUUUUGUUUGCCAGCUCUGAUGGGAUGCUAUGGAACAUGGCCAGAAGCACGCCUGAAGGAGAAUGGAUCAAAGGUAACAUUUGGCAAAAUCCAGAAACUCAGACUCCAGUGACAGAGUCAUCAACAAGCUUGGGAUUAAAUGUCAGAAUGGACAUCUGUCCAACAAGCCCAAGUCUGAGUACACGUCAUUGUAAAAAGAUCCACUCGGGUUCUGUCACGGCCCUCCAUGUGCUGCCCGAGUUGCUGGUGACCGCUUCAAAGGACAGAGAUGUUAAGCUGUGGGAGAGAUCCACUAUGCAGCUGCAGGGCCUGUUCCGCUGUGAAGGGGCAGUGAACUGCCUGGAACCUUCGCUGGGUCCUAAUAAUACCCUGCAACUUGCUGUGGGAGAUGCACAGGGCAACGUAUACUUUUUGUCCUGGGAAUGA